AUGGCAUUGAAACGUUCAUUGGGUGGUAUGUCCUUACAGAGUUCAUUAUUUCAAUCACCUAUUUCAUCGAUCUAUCGAAUGUUUCACGUACGUCCUAUCCAAAGACGUAACAUUCUUCUUAAUAUUUUAUCCUUAAUUGGAGCUUAUUGGAUUAUUACAACAUUAAUAUCACUUUCUAAUCAAAAUGUUGGCAGUCAUGUACGAGAACGCCGGUUAUUGCCGAGAGAACCAAUUGGUCGACAGUUACAGUUACAAGAAGGUUAUUCUGUAAUCGAUUCUAAACAACAACAAGAAAUUAGUAGCAACAGCAGUAAUAAAAAUGGAAAUUCACAAGUGCUUCGGAUUUAUGGGAAAUCAAUGUUGAAGGAUUUCGAAGAAGAAAUUGAAAUUGCCGGAGAGGAUAAUGAUGGAUUCGAAAAGCCCAAUAUUCCGCAACCAAAACAUUUUCUUUAUAUGGAAGGUAGUCCAAUUUAUAAAAAAGGUGAUCCAAAUCAACCUGGUGAAUUUGGUGCUGGCAUAAAAAUUGACAAACAGAAAUUAUCACCAAAAGAACGUAAAAUAUUUGAUGAAUUAUUUAAACGAAAUUCUUUUAAUGAAUAUGUAUCCAAUAUGAUUUCCAUACAUCGAUCACUUCCAAAUAAUACCGAUGAAUUAUGUCAUAAAGCAUCUUAUCGAGAUGAUUUACCGGAUACAUCGGUGAUUAUUUGUUUCCAUAACGAAGCAUGGUCAGUACUUCUGCGCACAGUGCAUAGCGUACUGGAAAGAACACCCGGUCAUCUGCUUAAAGAAAUUAUUCUAGUCGAUGAUUUCUCCGAUUUGGAGCAUUUAAAGAAACCAUUGGAAGAUUACAUGAGUCAGUUUGAUAAAGUUCGAAUAAUAAGACUGGAAAAUCGAAUGGGUUUGAUCCGUGCUCGACUUAGAGGUGCAUCAGUUGCAAGAGGCGAAGUAUUGACUUAUUUGGAUUCACACUGUGAAUGCAUGAAUAGAUGGCUUGAACCAUUGUUGGAUCGAAUAGCGCAAAAUUCCACAAAUGUAGUAACACCUGUAAUUGAUACAAUCAGUCUGGAAACAUUGCAAUAUAAGAUGUCAAGCCAUGAUCGAUUGAGUGUUGGCGGAUUUAAUUGGGGUCUUACUUUUAAUUGGCAUUUAUUGCCGGAUCGUGAUUAUAAAGCUAUGAAAUCACGGAUUGAUCCCGUACCGUCACCAACGAUGGCUGGUGGAUUAUUUUCUAUUAAUCGAGCUUAUUUUGAGAAGCUUGGCGGUUAUGAUCCUGGUUUUGAUAUUUGGGGCAGUGAAAAUCUCGAAAUAUCGUUCAAGAUAUGGAUGUGUGGAGGUCGAUUGGAGAUAGUGCCCUGCAGUCAUGUUGGCCAUAUUUUUCGUAAAAAUUCACCUUAUAAAUGGAGAAGUGGUGUUAAUGUAAUACAAAGGAAUAAUAUUAGAUUAGCUGAGGUAUGGUUGGACGACUAUAAAGAAAUUUAUUACAAUCGGAUUAAUCAUAAUCUGGGUGAUUUUGGUGAUGUAACAGAACGGAAGAAAUUACGCGAACGUUUGAAGUGUCAUUCAUUUAAAUGGUAUUUGGAAAAUAUAUUUCCAGAUUUAUUCCUACCAUCUCAAGCAAUUGCUAGUGGUGAAAUUCGUAAUCUUGGUAAUCGAAAGUAUUGCGUGGAUCAUGAAGUUGGUCGAGAUGCUGUAAACGACAGUGUUAUACCAUAUCCAUGUCAUUUACAGGGCGGUAAUCAGUUCUGGAUGUUAAGUAAAAAUGGUGAAAUACGACGUGAUCAAUAUUGUAUUGAUUAUACAGGUAGAGGUUCACCAGUAAUUUUUGAAUGUCACGGUGCCAAAGGCAAUCAACUUUGGAGAUACAAUCAUAAGACUGGUCGAAUGUAUCACCCAAUAUCACGUAACUGUUUAACAUUAAGUGAUGAUAAUACAAUGUUAGUGAUGAGGAUUUGUGAUGAUAAAAACGGACGACAACGAUGGAGGUUUCAGAACUUCAACGAAACGCGUGAAGUAAUCUCGGUUCAUGUUGGACAAGCUGGCGUACAAAUUGGAAAUGCUGCAUGGGAGUUAUUUUGCUUAGAACAUGGAAUUCAACCGGAUGGAACAAUGCAAAUUAAGAAUAAACAGCAUAUUGAUGAUUCGUUUUCAACUUUCUUCUUUGAGACCGGUACUGGACGUCAUGUUCCGCGGGCUAUUUUGAUCGAUCUUGAACCAUCCGUAAUUGAUGAGAUUCGAACAGGACCAUAUAAACGUUUAUUUCAUCCGGAACAAAUGGUUACUGGUAAAGAGGAUGCAGCGAAUAAUUAUGCACGUGGACAUUACACAGUUGGUAAAGAAAUAAUUGAUGUUGUUCUGGAUCGGAUCAGACGGCUAGCCGAGAACUGUACCGGUUUGCAGGGUUUUCUUGUAUUUCAUUCGUUUGGUGGCGGUACAGGUUCUGGUUUUACUUCAUUAUUAAUGGAACGUUUAACAGUCGAUUACGGUAAAAAAAGCAAGCUGGAAUUUUCCAUCUAUCCGGCACCACAAGUUUCUACUGCAGUAGUGGAACCAUAUAAUUCAAUUUUAACCACACAUACAACUUUAGAGCAUUCUGAUUGCUCAUUUAUGGUGGACAAUGAAGCGAUUUAUGAUAUAUGUCGUCGAAAUUUGGAUGUAGAAAGACCAUCAUAUCCGAAUCUCAAUCGCUUAAUUUCACAGGUCGUUUCUUCGAUUACAGCUUCACUUCGUUUUGAUGGUGCGCUGAACGUAGAUCUGACGGAAUUUCAGACAAAUUUGGUACCAUAUCCACGUAUUCAUUUUCCGUUAGCAACUUAUGCUCCAAUAAUUUCAGCUGAAAAAGCCUAUCAUGAAUCAUUAUCAGUAAUGGAUAUUACUAAUUCAUGUUUUGAACCAGCCAAUCAAAUGGUUAAAUGUGAUCCACGCGUUGGAAAAUAUAUGGCAGUAUGUCUUUUAUAUCGUGGUGAUGUUGUACCCAAAGAUGUCAAUGCCGCUAUUGCGAGUAUUAAAACGAAACGUACGAUACAAUUUGUAGAUUGGUGUCCAACUGGUUUCAAAGUGGGCAUCAAUUAUCAACCGCCGACAGUUGUUCCAGGCGGUGAUGUUGCAAAGGUACCACGUGCUGUAAGUAUGCUAGCCAAUACGACAGCUAUUGCAGAAGCUUGGGCAAGAUUGGAUUAUAAGUUUGAUUUAAUGUAUGCAAAACGUGCCUUCGUACAUUGGUACGUUGGAGAAGGUAUGGAAGAAGGCGAAUUCACGGAGGCACGUGAAGAUCUUGCGGCUUUGGAACGUGAUUAUGAAGAGGUCGGUUUCGACAGUAAUGAUGGUAAUGACAUAGAAGGUAUUGACAGCGGAGAAUAUUGA